CACAACAUAAAGAAAACGUUUCCUAAAGCACGCUCUGACGAAGGUGUUAUAAAGCGGAGUAGGCAACAACAAGCUUACUCAUGCUGCGCAAGCUAUUGGACACCCUGCAAAGUUGCUCAAUGGUGAAUUAUUAGGUGGACCUUAUGGAUUGUGUUUGUUGCCAUGCUAAAAGCCGGUGCAGCAAGUCAGUUGGCCUGUUUACACGCUGCGUCGUUGUGCUUGCGGUUUUCAGCCAAACGUGGUGGUCGUUUGGGCUUUCGAUAUCAGUCAACGUCAGCGGCGUCUUCGAGGAGCUGUCUUUACCGUCUGCCUCCUUGGCGGAUGGCCUUACUGUGUUGGGAACUGGCGACGGCUCGAUAUGGAACACGCGCAGCAGCGUUGGCAUUGUUAAUAUUACUGCCGGCGAAGUGAACAUAACGAAUCUUACUAUACUGGACGCGGCCCUGGGCGAAGCAUCCUCAGCAGCGUCCUUCCUGGUGCCGCGUGUGCUGUCGCUGGGGCCCAGCGUGAACAUCACGCUGCGGAACGUGCGCAUGACAACCAGCUGCGACCAGCUGUUACAACAGCAGCAGCACGCUUGCGGGUUGUUGCCAUGGGCCGCCAUUCGCAUCACCGCCGGGUGGCUCCACGUGGCUGGCUGGCGGUCGGGGCGCACCCGGCUCCGGAACGUCACCCUCACCUGCGGCAGCAGUGGCGGCGGCGGUGGUAACCUCAGCAGCCCCAGCAGCAGUCCCGCCGGUGGAGGCACCGGCGGUGGCAGUGAUCAACUGCCUCCGCCGUCGCCGUCGCCGUCGCCACCUCCGUCGCCAGCGGGCGUAGCUCCGCCGACGCCGCCAUGCAUCGCACUCGCCGCCGGCAGCGCGCCGGAGCUGGCGGCGGCGCUCGCGUCACUCGCCGACAGCGGUACCGACGCCGCCGCGCCGCCGGCUUACAUCACCCUGACGGCGAACAUCUCCCUGACGGCGGCGGCGGGGUGGCCCACGGGUCCGCCGUGGCCCGCCGUCACUAGGAACGUAACGCUCGCAGGCACGCCUCCCACCGCCAGUCUCAUGCGGGAUCCGCAGUACUUGGUGAAUGAGGGCGCGUUGAACGGCACGGGAAGCGUGUCGCAGUCGGCGGCUGGCGGCGCGGACGGCGCGUCGACGUUGUGUUGUCCGGGCGAUGUGGGAAUCGCCGCCGCCACGCCGCCGGUGGCUGCCGGUUGGGUUUGGCCGCGGGUGGUUUCGGUGGAUCUGGCGGGCGGAGUGGAUCUGCUGUACAUCAACAAGACGGGCACGUUAACGGUUACGGGCCUGGUGCUUGAGAACCUGGCUGUGGGGGUGCCCGGCGGCUCCUUCCCCAUGUCGCUGGUGGGGGCGCAGAGCUGGGCAUUCCAUGUGGAGCCCCCCGGUCACCUGGUGUACGUGGACGUGCUGCUUUCCUUCACCGCUGACGAGUUCGGCUACUGGCUCUACUGGCUGACACUGGCGGCCUCCCCUGCAGCCGAUGUGGCCUCGCAGUCCUCAUGGCUGGAAAGCUUCUUCCCCCGGAGCCUGCAGGGUACUCAGGUGACCGCUGCCGACGCCAUCCACUGGCCCUCCUGCGACAGCCCCCGAGUGCGCUUCCGCCGCACAUCCAACGUGGGGGUGCCCGUGGUGUUCCCCCGCCGGGUGGAGCGGAGCGGGCUGGGUUUCGUGCUGCCGGACACACGCGUGCCGCUGACACACCUGGCGGGCGCCUCCAACUGUCGCGAGCUGGCUGCAGCUCUGGGCGCCACGGGGGACAGCUGGAAGCCCGUCAUCGUGCUCACUGCGGACAUCAGCCUGGGGGUGACCCGUGGGUCAGCAGCAGCAGCCGGCAGCAACAACAGCAACACCACCACUAUCGCCACCAGCAACACAACGAGCAGCACCGCCACCAGCACUGGCAGUAGCAGCAGCAGUAUCAGUAAUAACACUAGUAGUAACACCAGCAU